GGCGGAGCUUGAGAGCCAGCCGGCAAAUCAGCGAGGAGUGCGGCGCGGGUCUAGAAAACCGUACCUACCUUCGUAAAUAUAUAAAGGAUGUAUAAAGGAAUUGUACUGUACUGUAGUCAUGCCCUGCCUGUGGUUCUCCCGUAUCUUCCCUGCUGCAGGAUAAUGUCUGAGGGCGGCAGUCGGGGCGACGUGGCAAUGAGGGCGAACGAGAACGUCCACAGGCCGGGGGUCACGCCGGAGGAGAUGGCGGCCGGCUACGACGAGUGGUCCGAGAACUACGAGGAGAUGAUGAUCUGGAAAGGCGGGUACCGUGGCCCCGCCAUCACGCUGGAGGAGGCGCUGCGUUGGGUACCCCCGGAGCGGCGAGCCAAGGCCAGGGUGCUGGACGUGGCCGCCGGGACGGGCUGCGUGGGCCGCGAACUCCACCGGGAAGGCUUCAGCCACUCCCACAGGCACAUAGACGCUGUGGACCCGUCGGAGGGCAUGAUGAAGCAGCGGGAGACUGGCAUCUAUACCAACGACUUCCUGGAGCUUAUCGGCAGCGGACACUCCACCGUGCCCAAAGACACAUACGACCUGGUGGUCAUCUCGGGCGGUAUGGGCGAAGGUCACAUCCCACUCAGUGGCCUCGACGACCUGGUGCGCGUCGCAAAGAACGGAGGCUUCGUGAUCAUCGCGAUGCGCCAUGAGUUCCUACAGACCGUGCCUUCCUACAAGGACAAGCUGGAGCCUUACAUGGACCAGCUGGAGGCGGACGGGAAGUGGAAGAAGGUGGAGCGGCGCACCGUCCCAAAUUAUUUCUGUGACAAGGAGGGUCUCGUCUUCGUCUUCCGCAUCACUAAGCCUGAGUGAGGAGGAAGAGGAGGGAAGGGAAAGGAGAGAGAUGGAGGAGUUAUAGUGGUGCUGUGCCAAGUCCGUCUCUGUGUAACAGCCUUGGCUUUCGUCGCGGCACCCGAGACUGAGGUGUGAAUUAUCGUGCUCUGGCAACCUGGUGUCAUGGCGUCUACGAUGUUAUAUGAUAGCCUACGCAUAGGACACAUUUGUCAGUAUUAAUCAUAUUAUUGAAAUUGACGUAAAAAUCUGUUUUAGAUUAUAAGGCUGAGGCUGCAGAAUGCUUAACCUCAGACCUUGCUAUCAUCUCCGAUUGGGAUAAAAGGAACCUUGUGUCCUUCAAUGCCUCAAAAACCCAAUUUCUCCACCUAUCAACUCGACACAAUCUUCCAAACACUUAUCCCCUAUUCUUCAACAACACUCAGCUGUCACCUUCUUCAACACUAAAUAUCCUCGGUUUAAUCUUAACUCAAAAUCUCAACUGGAAACUUUAUAUCUCCACUUUCGCUAAAUCAGCUUCCUCGAGGUUGGGCGUUCUGUAUUGUCUCCUCCAGUUCUUCUCCCCCGCACAGUUGCUCUACAUAUACAGGGGCCUUGUCCGCCCUCGUAUGGUGUAUGCAUCGCACGUGUGUGGGCGGCUCCACUCACAGCUCUUCUCUAUCUUUCGGCCACUCCUCUGUUGUAAAAAAAAAUAAUAAGAUCGCUGAUUAUGUAGCUGUAUGUGUGUGUGCAUGUGUAAUAGCAAGUUGCCAGAGCACGAUAACGAAGACCUCAGACUCGUGUGCCGCGACUAUAGUAUACGUUUAGGAAUGCUUGGUCUGGGUCUUGGGGUCUUGAUGAUGUACAGACAUGUAUAUAUAUAAUAAACGGGUGCCUACUUCCCCUCAGAAUCAUGUUAAUCUUUGUUUGUUUCUCAAGUUAAUUUAAGUGAUUACUCUUCCUAAUUUUAAAUGCGUCUGCUGUUCCUAAUUUAUAAUGUGUCUGCUGUUCCUAAUUUAUAAUGCGUCUGCUGUUCCUAAUUUUAAAUGCGUCUGCUGUUCCUAAUUUUAAAAGCGUCUGCUGUUCCUAAUUUUAAAAGCGUCUGCUGUUCCUAAUUUUAAAAGCGUCUACUGUUCCUAAUUUAUAAUGUGUCUGCUGUUCCUAAUUUAUAAUGUGUCUGCUGUUCCUAAUUUAUAAUGUGUCUGCUGUUCCUAAUUUAUAAUGUGUCUGCUGUUCCUAAUUUAUAAUGUGUCUGCUGUUCCUAAUUUUAAAUGCGUCUGCUGUUCCUAAUUUAUAAUGCGUCUGCUGUUCCUAAUUUAUAAUGCGUCUGCUGUUCCUAAUUUAUAAUGUGUCUGCUGUUCCUAAUUUAUAAUGCGUCUGCUGUUCCUAAUUUAUAAUGUGUCUGCUGUUCCUAAUUUAUAAUGCGUCUGCUGUUCCUAAUUUAUAAUGUGUCUGCUGUUCCUAAUUUAUAAUGCGUCUGCUGUUCCUAAUUUAUAAUGCGUCUGCUGUUCCUAAUUUAUAAUGCGUCUGCUGUUCCUAAUUUAUAAUGCGUCUGCUGUUCCUAAUUUAUAAUGCGUCUGCUGUUCCUAAUUUAUAAUGCGUCUGCUGUUCCUAAUUUAUAAUGUGUCUGCUGUUCCUAAUUUAUAAUGUGUCUGCUGUUCCUAAUUUAUAAUGUGUCUGCUGUUCCUAAUUUAUAAUGUGUCUGCUGUUCCUAAUUUAUAAUGUGUCUGCUGUUCCUAAUUUAUAAUGUGUCUGCUGUUCCUAAUUUAUAAUGCGUCUGCUGUUCCUAAUUUAUAAUGCGUCUGCUGUUCCUAAUUUAUAAUGCGUCUGCUGUUCCUAAUUUAUAAUGUGUCUGCUGUUCCUAAUUUAUAAUGUGUCUGCUGUUCCUAAUUUAUAAUGUGUCUGCUGUUCCUAAUUUAUAAUGCGUCUGCUGUUCCUAAUUUAUAAUGUGUCUGCUGUUCCUAAUUUAUAAUGCGUCUGCUGUUCCUAAUUUUAAAUGCGUCUGCUGUUCCUAAUUUUAAAAGCGUCUGCUGUUCCUAAUUUUAAAAGCGUCUGCUGUAGCCCUACGUGGCGCAAUGCAGAGGAAGUUACUUAUUUAAUCUGAAAGUAAAGUGAAAUGAUCAGAAAGUAAAGUUAAGUAACAGAGCAGUGAAGUAUAUGUGGCAGUGAGCAUGUGGAAGGAUGAGAUGGAGCGAGAGAACAAAGAUUAACGAACAGAAUGAAAACUCUCGCCCCCAUCCCUCCCUCCUCCAUACUUCCUUCCUCGAACAGAGUCGUCCGCCACUGGAACAGCCUCCCCGCAGAAGUAGUCAGUGCGGAAACGAUCAACUCCAUUUCCAUUGACAGUAACUUUACAGCGUCGGGAGUGAACUGAACGUAUCCAAGAGUAGCAGAAGUGCUUUAAUCCUUUCCACAGGUCACUUAAUGUUC